CUUCUCUGAAAACAGAGCGUGUUGAGUACGUACUGUAUUACUCAUAGGUUCAGCCUUUCUGGGUGCAUCUUCGUGAUCUGGAUUCAUAAGCGAGCUAUAAAACCCCGAGGCGACCAAAACACCUGCAAAUAAGUCACAUUAGCCUGGGAAGGCAACACUUGGGCGCGUGAUUUCCGACCCAGCAAACUGACCUGGUCGAUCUCCCCCCAGCCUGCCUGCUUGCCUUCCAUAUUGAAGAAGAGGAGGUGGUGGAAGCGGUGUGACUCAUGCCUGCGUCGGAGCAGAUCACCCGGCGAAUCACGCUUUAAAAAAAGCAAAUCCAAGUACUUGUGGAAAAAGGUCAUCGCGAAUUAAAUUCCUAGGCGCGAUUGGUAUUCCGACGUCGUUUCUCGCGGAGUUUAUAAGCGGCGACUCCCUCCCAAGGUUAGAAUCCCCUGGCUUUUUGGACACUUGGAGUAAGGGUGGGUUCGCUCUCCUCCGCGUAAAUUCUUUACUGUCCAUCCACCAGAGAAAUAUUGGAGGAAAAUACGGGACCAAACGACUUUGACUUUCUGAAGUGAUGGCAUCCUCUGCUCCAUCCUCCUCCAACGCCAAUCAGGACUCCAACCCCACUAAUUUACGACCCACAACUUACGACACCUGGUGUGAUGUGGCUCAUGGAUGUACCAGAAAAAUUGGUCUCAAAAUAUGUGGGUUCUUGCAAAGGAACAACAGCCUGGAAGAUAAGAGCCGGAUUGUGAGCUCUCUCAAGGAAAGGCAGUCUUCCAAGAACUUGCUGGCUUGUGAGAACAGCGAGAGGGAAGCCAGGUUCAGGCGGGCCGAGACAGACUUCUCCAAUUUAUUUGCUAGAGAUUUGCUGCCUGCCAAGAAUGGCGAGGAGCAGACCAUGCAGUUCCUGCUGGAGGUGGUUGACAUUCUCCUGAACUACGUGAGGAAGACGUUCGACAGGUCCACCAAAGUCCUGGACUUCCAUCACCCGCACCAGCUGCUGGAAGGGAUGGAGGGCUUCAACCUGGAGCUCUCGGACAACCCCGAAUCCCUGGAGCAGAUCCUGGUGGACUGCAGGGACACGCUGAAGUACGGAGUCAGGACAGGUCAUCCUCGUUUUUUCAACCAGCUCUCCACUGGACUGGAUGUUAUUGGCUUGGCUGGUGAAUGGCUGACCUCAACUGCAAAUACUAACAUGUUUACAUAUGAAAUUGCACCUGUUUUUGUCCUCAUGGAGCAAAUAACGCUUCGAAAGAUGAGAGAGAUUAUUGGAUGGUCAAAUAAAGAUGGUGAUGGAAUAUUCUCACCUGGAGGGGCUAUAUCCAAUAUGUACGGCAUAAUGGCUGCUCGCUACAAGUAUUUCCCUGAAGUCAAAACUAAAGGCAUGGCUGCAGUUCCUAAACUGGUUCUCUUCACUUCGGAACAUAGUCACUACUCAAUAAAGAAAGCUGGGGCUGCACUUGGGUUUGGAACAGAAAAUGUGAUUUUGAUAAAAUGCAAUGAAAGAGGGAAAAUAAUACCAGCUGAUUUGGAAGCCAAAAUUCUGGAAGCUAAGCAAAAGGGACAUAUUCCACUUUAUGUAAAUGCAACCGCAGGAACAACAGUCUACGGGGCCUUUGAUCCAAUAGAGGAGAUUGCAGACAUAUGUGAAAAAUAUAACCUCUGGCUCCAUGUAGAUGCUGCUUGGGGAGGUGGACUGCUAAUGUCCAGGAAGCAUCGUCAUAAACUGAAUGGAAUAGAAAGAGCCAAUUCGGUCACAUGGAAUCCACACAAGAUGAUGGGAGUUUUGUUACAAUGUUCAGCCAUUCUGAUUCGGGAAAAGGGUCUACUUCAGGGUUGCAAUCAGAUGUGUGCCGGAUAUCUGUUCCAGCAAGAUAAACAAUAUGAUAUAUCCUAUGACACUGGAGAUAAAGCAAUACAAUGUGGUCGUCAUGUGGACAUUUUCAAAUUCUGGUUGAUGUGGAAAGCUAAGGGUACAGUAGGAUUUGAAAAUCAGAUCAACAAAUGUCUGGAAUUGUCAGAAUACCUCUAUACUAAAAUUAAAAACAGGGAAGAAUUUGAGAUGGUUUUUGAUGGAGAGCCUGAACACACAAAUGUAUGUUUCUGGUACAUUCCUCAGAGUCUCAGGGGUAUACCAGACUCUGAGGAGAGAAGAGAAAAGCUACACAGGGUGGCACCCAAAAUCAAAGCUCUGAUGAUGGAGUCAGGUACCACAAUGGUUGGAUAUCAGCCACAGGGAGAUAAAGUCAACUUCUUCCGAAUGGUUGUCUCAAACCCAGCGGCAACUAAGUCUGACAUUGACUUCCUCAUUGAAGAAAUAGAAAGAUUGGGGCAGGAUCUGUAAUACUCUUGGCAAACUAUUUAUUCCUGUAGUCCACUGUUUUCCAGCACUGGCUAUUUUUUACCCAGUUCUGCAGAACACCCUUUAAGGAAAUUCCCUUUCUAAAUGUUCCACUCUCCUAAAAAACUCUUAACACAAAAAAAUCUGUAGGUUACUGCAGAGGUGCUGGAACAACUUGUACAGUGGGGGUGCUGAGAGCCAUUGAACCUAACUGUAAACCCAGUAUAUGAUGGAAACCAUUUCAAGCCGGGGGUGCAGUAGCUCACACACCCACCCCAGUACCCCUAGUUCCAGCACCUAUGAGUUACUGAAACAUAUAUGUAUUGGUAGGUCAUUUUAAUGAAGGAGAAUAUAUUAUCUUGAAGUGUAUUAUUGAUCCUUAUUUUAGUCUGUUUAUUAUAUUAUAGCAGGAAACUAAUAAGUAUUAAAAUAGAGAAUUAAGAACUAUGUACAGUAUAUAUAUAUAUAUAUAUAUAUAUAUAUAUAUUAAUGAAUUUAGAACUAAGCCACAGCAUGUUUUCCACUUUAAGAGAACUAACUUUUCUUUCAACAGUUAAUGAUGUGGACAAUGUGCGGCAGAUCAUUCUAACAGAUGCAAAUUGCUGUAAAGAAACAUUUUAAAAAAUGUAGACUCUUAGGAGCUAAGAAAAAUGUUUAACAGUAUUAAACCUUAUUGUUGGUGCUUCUCUCACAUAUAAAAACAAUGGAUCCUAAAAGCACCGCCCAGUAAGAUAGUUGUAUCUCCCGUUUAGUGUCAUAUCAGGGGAUAAUAGUAGCAGAGUCAUUGUAACAGGUAUAUUAUUGAUGUAUUUUUAGAGAUUAAUUUGUGUAGAUUGUGUAUAUUAUUGUUAAAUGACUUUGUGAAAAGGAUUUAAAUGUAACAGUUUUACAGCAAGAUAACUGUUCAAUUCUAAGUAUAUGAAAUAUUUGCUUAUUUAUAUGCAGAGAUUUACCAUGCUAAAGAGUUGUCUUGUAUUUUCUUCCAUUUGUAAUGUAUCCUAUUUAUAUAUUAUUGAAGUUCUAAAUGAUGUUUAUGGUAUUUUAGUGCAUUUGUGAGCCAAAGAGACAAUAAAAAUAUUAGUUGACACUUUCAUUUAAAUAAUAGUACCCUUAAAAUAACAACUUACAGAUAAUUUUACUGAUCAUUAGGAAUUCUAACAUUGUAUAUAGACACUAGUAUAAUUAAAUCCCGUUACUUUAAUAGACUCCUGAGGUCCUUCCAACCCUGAUAUUCUAUGAUUCUAUGACUCUUCACCUUUAUUAAUUGUUAUGUCUGCCUGUACGUCCAGUGUUCUGAAUGCUUUUCUAGUGAAUAUUGGAUAAUAACCAAGGCCCCUGUACUUCUGUUGUAGUUCAGGACCAAUCUCUGUGACUAGUUUAGCUAAAUUCUGUGGCAAGAUUCCUGAAGAAAAUCUGUACCAAAUCUGUGAGAGUGUUAACCAGGUUUAGUAAUGUUUUGCAGAAGGGGAAUUCACUAUGUAUUUUGGAGUUCACAGGAGAGGAAAAGAAAAACUCACCACAGAAUGUUUAAAUACAGCUGGCUUGUCACCAUAAUUUUAACUGAUCAGACGUUUCAAAAUAUAGACACCAGAGCCAUCCGCAGCCCAUUCAGUUUUUAACUAGCUAGGUAACCAGAUCUACAAAGUACAUGGUUUUGUAUUGGCAGACCAGCGAAGUAGUGGAGUCAAAUAAAGGCUCAAUAGUCCUCUGUCUACAGAAUGACUAUUGUGAUGAUAACUGAAAUAUGCUGAUUCAAAAUCUUUUCAAAAUAUGCAGCUAUGGCUAUUGCACAGGAAAGUCUGUAAUAAGCUACUUUUCUUUCAGCUCUGAAAUAAAAUUUAAUUGUAUUAGAAACAUUCUAUUAAAGGAGUGUAAAGAGACACAUUUUGAUUUAAAACUACAGCAAUACUCUGUCCAAAAAGUCCCUCACCCUUUGUGUUGCUUUUUCAUUUAUUUAGAGGGAGUGAGAGACUCACCACCUCGCCGCCCUUCUUUAUGCCAUGUUAACGGGCUGCAGUAGCAUGAAGGGGCCCUAAAAGCCUUGGCUGUAGCCAGAAGAGGAUUCCCUUAGUAUAGGCAAUGCAGAAGACAUAUGUAAGGUUGGCUUAGUAGGCAUGCUGGAGGCAGGGCUGGGGAAGAGAGGAGUGCCAGGGGCAGGGCCACAUCACACAGCACUAAGGAAAUUCCAGACAUCACUGCAGCUCAUAGGACAAUCCAGGGAGUCAGCCAUCAUUUACACAGUCUCCCCUGCCGGUCUUUCCAGCCCCUGGAGCAGCCCAGGAUUGGGAAGGCGCAAAGGUGACCAUGGACCCCUUGGGCUGCAAAUUCUAUGCUGUGCACAGCACAGAGUCUCACCCAUGGUCUUUGGAAUAAAUACCAGUUGGAUAUUCAAAACACCAUGUCUAACCUGUCUCAUAUAGCCAGGAAAGCCUGGGGCAUUUUGACAUUCUGUGGUGACAUGGAAAAAUUGAGAAACCCAUUUCAAGAGUCUAAUGUUGGUGGGCCCAAUCUAACUUGGUCCAGAGGUUCUAAUGCUGAUGUAUAAGCACUCCAUGCUUAGUUUUGUCACCAGGAUUCUUCCAAAAUUUAAGGAGAUGAUUUUUGGGUGGCUAGUCAUUCCCAAGCACUGUUUUCUCUGUCUUUUCCUAGAGACCCAGUAUACCUGUCUCCUCCCUUACCCUCUGUACAAGUUUUUUCUUUAAAUCAAUUUUGUUAUGACCUUAUUGCUUAUUGGAGCUAAGUUCAGGGCUUGUUUCACUCCUGUGGCUCUCUUUUUGCCUCCUAACAGUGACAUACAGAAGAUGAUCCAUACUAUCCACCUCAAAAUCUUAUGACUAUGAAGCCACCCAGUAAUCCCACUAGCACAGUAGUCCCAUCUCCUUAGGGCAAUGUUUUUGCUUCACGCAGCUGGUGCAGAUAGUUGCAGUGGGCCAUGCUUCUACACUCUUGAAUUUUGAUCUUCCAGAAUAAAUAUUCCUGACAUCUUCCCUUCUUUGAUGCUAGCACCUUUGGUAUAAAAGUCAAUGAUAUAAGGUCUGAAUCCUGCUACCAUGGAUAUUGUCAGCAUCAGUGUUGGUUCUGGCUUCAUCCUUUUAAAAUCAAAUGCCAUUCUCUCUAGAUGCAGGCCAUUUCUCAUUAAAUGUCAGAGUUCUCCUACUCACAAGGCUGUUCUCAGGUGCCCAGAAAGGAACUCCUUUCUUAGAAAGGAAAAGGCUGGUUUCAUUUUUGAAGCAUAAACUUAUGGAUGAGAUUUUUUUCCCCUCUGAAUAGUUCACUUUAUUCAAAUACCUGCUACAAAAGAUUGCAGCAUCUCUCUACUCUUCACAGUGUAUGAAAAACAUUAUGACCUAUGAUAGUCAUUGCCAAGACAUCUGACCACCCUUGAAAGGGGAGUCUACUUCUUCCACAUACAUCAGCAACAGCCUCUUGUGGUUUCUUUGACCAAUUUUUAGUUUAGAGUUUAUGACCCCCCCUUCAUUCCCUCACUCAGGGAGUCUCAGUGACAGUACCACUGGAGAGGUAAGAUGCAGUCUUCAUACUUUACACUCUAACUUUAAAAGCUUAACUUUCCGGCCCUAGUCUCCAGAUUAUCACCAUUUUAUAACAAUAAUAUUUGAAGAACUCUAUAUACUUUAGAAACAUGUGUGGAAGCUAAAUAACAGGAUCCCCAUUUUGCAGACUGGAAAAGGACAAAGACUUGUGACUUGUCCAAGGUCAUGCAGCAAGUCCUGAAUGGUACUGGCUGGGAACAGAAUCUCAUUCUCCUGAGUAGUGUGCAAACGGUAAUUUGAUUACAAAUGGCUCCUCUUCCAUUUGGCACAGUGUCUUGCUUUUGUCAGAUCAGAACCACCAGACUGCUCUAGCUACUGCAAAUGAUCGCUUGCAUCUAGAAGAGACAUUUAAUAAUGUAGAUCCUGCUGCAUAUCACAGAAUCAUGUAGUUUAUCUUUGAGGUGGUUCUUGCAGCCAUGAGAGUUAAGUUUAUCUUCAUACCUGAUGUAUGGGAUUUUUCCUUUCUGGUAUCACUGUAUCUUAGUUUUGUGGCAAAUGAUGCCCACAACCAGUUUCUGGUGUCUUCUGGUGAUUGGUGUCGGCCAUUAGGAUAUUUAUCAGUAAUGACUGCCUAUCACCACCAGCACAGGGUCCUUGUUUACCCCAACUCAGAUAGCUGAUUUAACAGAGCCUUAUUUAGGGGAUUGCCAUGGUCAUCAAUGAGACAAAUUCUCUCUAUUUCCCUUCCAGUAGGCAAUCUUCAUCUGAGUAAUAUUCUAACGGCUUCUCAAACAAAGACCUCUUUGGAACUAUCUUGUUCUUAAAUCCACACAGCAAUAUGUGGGGAAGAUCAGAUAGUGUGAAGCCAUGGACGAGGUGACUCAUUCCAAGAAAUACAAUUAUAGAUGAGUAACUCAAUUUUCCUGAUAUAACGAGGAAACUCUGAGGUUGUGAUUUCUUCUUUAAAAUCUUACUGACAAGUGCUGUACUAUUAAGAUGGGUGAAUUCAAAGUACCUUGACAAAUGCCAAAUAGAGGGAAGAUGCCAAACUGGAAAUUGUUGCUUCAGUGUUUACUAGCUGAUGUAUUAGAUUUGGAAAAGGAUAAUCACUGGCCAAAGCAGCUGUUGAUUUUAAGUAGGAAAAGUUCCAGUUUCAGUUGUUAGAACCCGUUUCUGGAGAACACAAGAAGAUUCUACCAUCCAUGGCAGACAGGCAGAACCAGGGUUCUGGAGAAUAGCCCAGAAUUUUAAAAUCAUCAUUUAUUCAGGGCACAACAUGGUUUUUGAAUGGUGACAAAUAAGAGAUUUUUUUAAACAGAAUCUCUGUGUUUCGUGGCUAAAAGAACUGUGAAAUUAUAAAAAUGAUAAGCAAUGCAAUUUAAAUUUUUCAAUAAAAAUUUAUCUUAAAAUUG